UGUUUAUCGGUGGCUGUAGAGUUUUAGUUAUUGGGAAGGGCGCCUAGUUGAGAAAGGUAGAGGAAGCUGAAUGUGAGCCGAAUCCUUCUGAAUCUUUCUAAUCAGGAUUCGCUUACAUCUUGAACAGUACGUCUCCUGUGACAAGGGCGUUAUAAAAUGUCUGAAACAGACAAAUUAAACGUUGACAGUAUCAUCUCAAGACUAUUGGAAGUUCGUGGCGCAAGACCUGGUAAAAACGUUCAGUUAACAGAGGCUGAAGUCAGAGGUCUAUGUCUCAAGUCGCGAGAAAUUUUUCUCAGUCAGCCAAUACUGUUGGAAUUGGAAGCUCCACUGAAAAUUUGUGGUGAUAUACAUGGCCAAUAUUAUGAUUUGCUAAGGUUGUUUGAAUAUGGUGGCUUCCCCCCAGAAGCAAACUACUUGUUCCUUGGAGAUUAUGUUGACAGAGGAAAACAGUCCCUAGAAACUAUUUGUUUGUUAUUAGCUUACAAGAUCAAAUAUCCAGAGAAUUUCUUUCUUUUGAGAGGCAACCAUGAAUGUGCAAGUAUUAACAGGAUUUAUGGCUUUUAUGAUGAAUGUAAACGACGAUACAAUAUAAAGCUCUGGAAAACAUUCACUGACUGCUUCAAUUGUUUACCAAUAGCUGCCAUUUUAGAUGAGAAGAUAUUCUGUUGCCAUGGUGGAUUGUCACCUGAUCUUCAGACAAUGGAGCAGAUAAGACGAAUAAUGAGACCAACUGAUGUUCCAGAUCAAGGUUUACUUUGUGACUUGCUGUGGUCAGAUCCUGACAAGGAAGUAACAGGAUGGGGAGAAAAUGAUCGUGGUGUGUCAUAUACAUUUGGUCAGGACAUAGUGGCAAAGUUUCUACAUAAACAUGACUUUGACCUAAUUUGUCGAGCACAUCAGGUUGUCGAAGAUGGCUACGAGUUCUUCGCAAAGCGUCAGUUGGUUACUUUGUUCUCCGCUCCAAACUACUGUGGUGAAUUUGACAAUGCAGGAUCAAUGAUGAGUGUAGAUGAAACACUGAUGUGCUCUUUCCAGAUUUUAAAACCAGCUGACAAAAAAAAAUUCGCCUAUGGCGGCUUUAACUCUGGACGCCCUGUAACUCCGCCACGAAGUCAGGGAAGCAAAGGAAAAGGAAAAGGCAAAUCUUAGAAAUGUUACUAGAUUAUAAUAUUUAAAAAGAUGUACUGUUGCACUGGUUGUAAAUAAUUUUUGACAAGAAGUGAACCGUAAAUUUUCUGUGCAAAAUUUAAUUAGUUUUUCGGGCAACACUGGGGAGAAUUCUUGAGUUCGCUAAUACCCAUGUGACUUUUACACUUCCUUUUUUCUUAUUACAUGCUCAAGUUUGGUUCUGUAUUUGGUCGUAAAGCGGGUCUAAUUUCUGGUUUUGUUAUAAUUUUUUCUGGCACUGAAGUAUGCAGAAAAAUAGUGCAGUAUAGAAUUUCUCUUCGUUCCUUCUCACUCUUUUAGUACCUCCUUUAUUUUUAGUAUAAUUUUACCCCUUUUUGCAUUUCGAAUCUAUUAAAUUUGUAUAGUUCCAAUCAUUGUUAACUAGCAGCUAAAUGUAACAUCUCGUUAAGUAAUGCUGACAGAGAAUUUCUGAUAAAGUCCUGUGACCAGAGUGAAUCACGCCAGUUCACAUGUCGCUUGAGUAGCCAGUUUCUAACCAAAAGUAGAUAGGGAUUCACUAGCUUUUAGCCCAAAGCAAUUUUCGUGCUCUAAAAAUUCAGAUUGGCUUUAGGUGUGCGAAUCCAACUAGCAAUUCAAAGCAAAUCCCUUUUGAAAUUUAUUUUUACACCAAGUUUGAUAACCAAUUUUUGUCGUUUGUUGCUUUUUAUGUCAUUUAGUUAGAAGCCUGUUUAUCGCAGAGAUUUUUUUAUUGAACCCUGGUUAAUCAUUUGUGUACCUGUCGUUUGCCUAAAUAGAAUCAGAGUCUGUGGGUUUCUUUUGUUAAUUAAUCCAAUGUUUAGUUGACUGUUGCAUGUUCUUUGGUAUAUAGCGUUUGUUUUUUUCGUUGCCUGGGAUAUUUCAACAUGUUUUUAUAAGGAAUAACAGAGAUAAAGUGCCUCUCCCCCCAUGGACAGGCGUCCUCCCUCUCCCCAUCCUUAUGGAUAGGGUGUUUAUGUUCAUUUCUGUCACCACCAUCAUUCAUGCCUCUGCAUAUCUGUAUGAUCAGCCAGUGCGUAGGCUUCAGUGGUAUUUUUAAACUUCCAACUCAAAGCUUCACAGUGUAUUGCAUUUUUUGUAAAUAGAUAUGCGAGUAUUAAAUUUCUUGUGUGAUAACAGGCAAAGUAGAUAAAUAAUUAAUGUUGUAAGGAAUGAAAUGCUCUGAUGUGGA